AUUCACCAUGGCAGACGACCUCUUCAACCCACAUCCUUCAUCUCCUUCCGUAGCACCCUCCUACUUCAACCCUAUAUCCCCUUUUUUUAAUGCUUAUGAUCGCUUUGCCCAAUGGAGAGCAGACCUUGGUCUACCUCAUCCUGGGACGGUCGAAAAUCUCCAGAAGGAGGCCAAGGCCACCCAUCUCUCCAACUUCAUCUUUGACGGAGCCCGCGCAGACUUGACAAAGAGCCUGUCAAUGAACCCGCUUUUCCAAGUCACACACGCUUUCGCUCUUGGUUCUCAAACCCUCCCGUCAUCGUAUAAUUUUGGAGCUAUCUUUGCCAAUCAAAGGGUUUUCCUCCAAGGUGGCGUUGAUCACGAAGGAAACGUAAACGCCCGGUUUAACCAUGGAUGGACACAAAACAACGUUACGAAGGCGCAGGCGCAGUUUUCGCAACAAGCUGGCCACAAUAUGAUUCAACUGGAACAUGACUAUCAAGGCCAGGACUUUAGUCUAAAUGCUAAAGCAAUCAAUCCUUGGCCAGCCGACCUCACUGGCAUCUACAUGGGUAGCUAUCUGCAAUCCCUCACUAAAAAUCUUGCUCUGGGUGUCGAAACCCUGUAUCAGCGACCAUCCCCCGAGGAAGCUGAACUCAGCACAUCGUAUCUCGCGAAAUAUACAAGCAACGAUAAAAGUUGGAUCGCGACUGCCCAAAUGCAGACGGCUGGGAUUAUGCAAGCAACUUACUGGCACAAAUUGAGUGAAAAGGUUGAGGUCGCUGCGGAUUUGCAGGUCAUUGCAGCUCCAGCUCGGCGAGACGCGAUUGCCACCUUGGGCGCGAAGUACGACUUACGCCUAGCCACAUUUCGAGCACAAUUAGACUCGACAGGGAAGGUAUCUGCCCUAUUAGAACAGCGCUUUACUCCCAACUUCGCGUUCUUGGUGUCAGGGGAGAUUGAUCACUUCAAGAAUGCGGCAAAGGUCGGUGUAGGUGUGAUGAUAGAAAGCUCUACCUUGACUCCUGAAGAGAUGGGGAUGGUACCUCCUUAAUUACGCAUAAUUUAUUAAAUUACAUACAACUUCGAGA